GUCCUUGAACAUAACAUGAAUGUGGUUGCAGAUGUUAUAAAAUUUAUAAAUUUUGAUUUUGAUGAUCAAAUAUUCCAGGACUCUGAAUUUCAAGAACAAGAAAUGUGUGAUUUACAAAAUAAACUAAAGCAUACUAUGAUAGAUGCUGAGAAGUCGAAACAGACAGAAAUUAAGGAGCCGUUGCAACAGAAAGCUGGAGAAGAUAUCUUGGAGGCUCUGAGUAAGGCUGAGGCAGCAGAAAAUCUUUUGAUGGACGAGAUUAACAGAACUAAAGAAAUUGAGGAACUAUUGCUGAGAGUAAGGCGAGAAACUGAGACAAUGAAAAAUCAGCACGAUGAAAUUCUAAAAGAACUUCAGCUGAUUGAGGCCCAGAAGCCUGCACUAGAAAGACAACUAAGUGAAGCCCGCUGUUCAGAGAGAGAGCUAGAAGACAAGAUUGUUCAAGCUGUGAAUCUCUUAAUAACAUUUAAGGGAACACGGGAUGAAUUGCAGAUGGAGUACGAUUCUUCUGUAAGGAAAAUUAACAGAUAUAGGGCAUUGCAGACAGAGGAUCCUUCAGUAAUAUCGCCUGCACAUUUUUUUGGAACCAGUUUCUCGGAUAUCAUUGAGGCUACUGAAAAUUUUAAACCAUCACAAAAAGUUGGAGAGGGAAGGUAUGGAAGUGUUUUCAAGGGAAUACUUAACCAUAACAAGGUAGCUAUAAAGAUGUUACCGUCUUCAGGUUCUCAGAGUGAUUCAGAGUUCAAGAUCGAGGUGGAAAUUCUGUCGAGAGUGAGGCAUCCAAAUCUCGUUACUCUUUUUGGCGCUUGUCCAGAAUCGAGAUCACUCAUAUAUGAAUACAUUGAUAAUGGCAGCCUUGAAGAUUACCUUUCCAACCCUGCCAAAGCUUGUUCUCUUCCAUGGCAAACUCGGAUAAGGAUUGCUAUUGAAACAUGUGCUGCCCUCAUGUUCUUGCAUGCGAACAGCAGCUGUAAUGUACAUGGAAACUUAAAACCCUCAAAUAUUCUUCUUGAUGUACAUUUUGUCACCAAAAUAAGUGAGUUUGGCAUCUCAAAUUUGGUAUCCCAGAACGAGAAUUGUUUGAAUUUGUACACAAGUGAUCCAAAAGAUCUAGAAUACAUUGAUCCCGAAUCUCUUGAAACUGGGGAGCUCACCCCAGAAUCUGAUGUGUUUUCGUUUGGGAUGGUACUUUUAAGACUAUUAACUGCAAGAGCGGCUAGAGGGGCACUGAGGGAUGUGAAAUGUGCUCUCGAAAGAGGAAAAUUAGACAGCAUACUCGACAUGUCAGCUGGGGAGUGGCCACUCGGGAUAGCCAAGAAGUUGGCUAAUUUGGCUUUGAAAUGCUGUGAAAACGAUAGCAUGGAUAGGCCAGAUCUUGUGUCGCAAGUUUGGGCUAUUCUUGAGCCGAUGAGGGAGCUGUGCUCCGCCUCAUCAUCUGUGGAUUCCGGGAGUAAGCGCAAAAUACCUUCUCAUUUUGUGUGUCCCAUUAUCCAGGAUGUUAUGACGGAUCCGCAUAUAGCCGGAGACGGCUACACGUAUGAAGCAGAAGCAAUACAAGGUUGGUUCAAUAGUGGCCACAAGACUUCACCGAUGACAAAUCUCAUGCUUGACAAUUGCGACCUAAUUCCAAACUAUGCUCUUUAUUACGCCAUUCAGGAGUGGCACCAAACUGCAUAAAU